AUGUCUGGCGCUGAAGCUGCCCUCCUCGGAGUGGGCAUUCUCUGCAAUGCGAUGCAGAUCAUCACCUUCGCCAAAGACUCCAUCCACGUCUAUCGCAACAUCCGCGAUGGCCGGUCCCCGGACCCCAAAUUGGACUCCUAUCUGAAGAAUGCAAAGGCCUCUUUUGAUGAGAUGAAACAGGUCACCGCACAGAUAGGACCCUUGAGCCAGACUCACCAGCAAAUUGUUGAUGCCGGCAGAAGGGUCCAUGAAUGCGUAGAUGAACUGCAACAAAGUUUCGCCAAACUACACGUUGACGAUGCGUCAAAAUGCGGAUUUCGUGGCAAGGUGGCUGCUUCAAAGAAAAGCGCAGCAGCAUUAUGGCGUGGAAAGGAACUUGAAGACGCCGAGAAGAACCUCCAUCGAAAUGAGCAGCUCCUGCACAGCCUCCUCUUGGAUCGCGUAUGCAGUCAAUCUCAAGCCGCCGAGAUCACCUCACUACAGUGCUUCCAGCAUCUCGCAGGGGCUUUACAAAGCAUCAUCUCACAGUUGGUAGACGGCUCCACCAAGGUUUCAGACCUGGUCACAGACUUCUCUUCAAAUAUGAGUAAUCGACUUGCAAAUGAGCACGCAACGACAAGAACUGUCAUUGAAGACCAUGUAACUUCAGCGGAGAAUACAAUCCGUCAGAGUAUUUCUCAAUCGGUCGAUCACCUCCGCCAGGAACUGCUCGAGCGUGAGGAGGAUAAGGCUUUUGAGAAACAACAUGAGCAGCUACUAGCGAGUCUACGGUUCCCCGAAAUGAAUAGCCGGAAGAACAAGAUAUCAAACAACUAUCCUGGGACCUUUGCUAAUGGAGAUCCUGGCUUCGACUGUUUUCCGGGCUGGCUACAAUCAGAUUCGAGUACCUUUUGGAUCAGUGGUAAACCAGCCUCGGGCAAAAGCUCUUUGAUGAAGUUCCUUGCUUUCAACCAUUUAACGGUAGACCAUCUCAAAAUAUGGCACUCCAAUGUAAGAAUCAUUACGCACUUCUUCUGGAAGCCAGGUCAGCUAUUGCAACGAAACGUGGAAGGUAUGGUUUUGUCACUUCUCUAUCAAGCCCUGGAUGGCAGGCUUGGUCUUGGUCGAAAGUUGUGUCAAGUUCAACCUUCCGUGCGACACAAGAGAAGCCAUUCGGAUUGGAGCCUCGAGGAGCUGACAGAAGCCCUCAUUUGGUCACUAGAAGCUUCUCCAGAAGCUUUCUGUAUCUUCCUUGAUGGCUUGGACGAAGCCAAAGAGCUAGAGGAUCUGCCCUGGCCCGGUUGGACAAAUGCUGAAGUCAUUUACAAACUGCUGGAAGUGAAUGAUGUCAAGCUGUGGGCAUUCCGACUCAGGGUACACCAGCUGAACAAUCUGGAUAUUAUUCACUUCGUCCGUGAGCGGCUUGAAACUUGCGGACUUGAGUCCCGCGAUCGAGAUGAGCUUGUAUAUAAGACUGUGAGGAGGGCCGAAGGCGUGUUUCUGUGGGUGGCGCUUGUGGUAGAUCGUCUGAACCGGGCCAUCCGCCAAGGUUACGCAACUAUCGAGAUGCUUCAAGAGCGCCUUGAGCAGACCCCCUCGGACUUGACUACGCUAUAUACCGACAUGUGGGGUCGGAUUGGAGAUGAUGCCCAACUACGCAGUAUUCGGGUGACCGCUUCUCUCUACUUUAAUCUCAUCAUCAUUGCUCGAAAAGCCAAUUCUUAUUUAUCAAAAAGCAGUUAUUCCUGGGGUUCAAAGACGAUGGGCAUGUCCUCGUUACUGAUCAUGGCAACAGCUGCCCAGUAUAAGUCAAUGGAAACAAUAUUGAGCACAGGUCGUGUGAUGGCAGUUGAGGACCUCCUAGCCAUGUGUUCAAGAGCUGAAACCGAACUGAAGUUAGCAUGUCGUGGCCUCCUUGAGGUAACGCAGAGAACCCAAGAGGUACCGUCUUGCUGGACCGGAGAUGAGCGCCUGCGUGAAUACAACUUCACAAAAGUCGAUUUUAUCCACAGGAGUGCUUUUGACUUUUUCAUGAAUACAGAGCCCGGUCUUGAGUGCCUUCACGCCUGCGGCUCCUCUCAAAGUGAACAGGCUUCGAGGCUGCUGGCUGCCCACCUGAUCAGAGCUCGUUUCAUUCAAUUCAGACGUGACCUUCACUCUACGCCAUUGAAUAUUUACCAGCUGGGAUCUGACCGAGCUAUCUUUUGCGAUUCUUACCUGCUAAUAGCCAUUACUAUCUCUUUCAACACUCACCUUUUUGCAGAAGGGGAAUGGCAGUUAGCUGGGUUAUUCAGCGGCCACAUAUAUUGGACCAUGCCGCUUUCUUCCCAGCCGAGUUCAACCUACCUCGAGCUGGAAUUCAUAGAGGCGAGCAUUUCUGUGGUAACUUUCUACAGAACCUUCUGGCGCCACAUUUUCGAUGUGAAGAGUCUCCUUGACAAAUAUCCCCCGUCACUAUUCAUCGAUGCUGUGCCAAUUGUCAUUCGUGCACUAUCAAUGUUUGAUUGGCACGAUAGUUUCUCAACCUACCUCGAGCUUCUGAAAUAUACUUUCGGUCGUUUACAAUGCAUAGCCACAGAAGAGGCACACCAUCGAGUCGCCGUUAAGACAUCCCUUCGCGCUCUGCAUUGUUGGUAUCUUUGUUAUUGCUUGGGCGGCUUCAAUCCGCUUGAUAGGGUUGAUAGGGCUGGAAGGCUCGACGAGCUUCUAGACAUGGAUCUUUUAGUUCAGCAAAGUGAGACUUUCCUCCUGGAAGAAGAUUGGCAACAUCGUUUUUUGCUUGUGUUCGAAGCAGGCAACCGAUACGGAAACCCAUUCCAAUUUUUUCCAAUCCAGGAAUGUUUCGAUAGCGGCUGCCACUAUGCACUUGUUGCUGUAAGCUUUGCUACUACCUACCGAGUGUUAAAUGAGCUCUUAUCUGGGCAUUCAUUAGGCACUCCUGACGUUCAAGUUCCACGCGGUGUUAACUCAUGUUUCGAUAUAAUACUUGUUGCAGACACGUACGGGCCCAGCACAGACUCAGGCAUGCCCAGCGUUGACUUUUACACCCCUGGUACAAGGUUUCACGACCAAAUCGAACAUCUCUUGCGUAUCAGGCCAGCUAAGCCCAAGGGGCUUGGAGGAGAAAGGUCCUGGCCAGAAAUGCUGAAGUGCCCUGGCACUGAGCUGAGCCCGAUAGAUGCUUCUCAAGCUUUCAGUUAUGUAAUGGAUGCGUUGAAAGAAAGGGGAAUAGAUCUUUUACUCCCAGACAGUCUUAUGUGGUUGAAGAAUGUUCCUACAGAAUAG